UUAUUAUUCUAUGUUCUUCUCCAUCGAUAAGCCAAGCCAUAGUAGAUGGAGUAAGCAGCUUGCGUUGAGCCAAGCACAGUUCAGUCAGUCGGCACAUAGCUAGGCUUGACAUCUGGGACGCCGGAGUUGGCUCCAGCAUGCCUCGGCGGCUGCUGGCGGUGGCCGCCCUGGUGCUCGUCCUCGCCGCCGCGGGCGCUCAUGGGUUCCGGGUCGAGGAGGCGAGCGUGGCCAGCAUCCAGCUCGGCUUCAACAACGGCAGCCUCACCUCCGUGGACCUCGUCCGCUUCUACCUGGACCGCGUCCGCGGCCUCAACCCGCUCCUCCGCGCCGUCAUCGAGGUCAACCCUGACGCGCUCCGGCAAGCCGCGCGCGCCGACGCCGAGCGAGAGCGCCGCUCCUCCUCGUCCUCCGGCAAAUGCCUGACCGCCUUCGGGCCCCUGCACGGCGUCCCCGUCCUCCUCAAGGACAACAUCGCCACCCGCGACGCGCUCAACACCACGGCGGGCUCCUUGGCCCUCCUCGGCUCCGUGGUGAGGCGUGACGCCGGCGUGGUGCGUCGGUUGCGGCGGGCCGGCGCCGUGGUGCUCGGCAAGGCCAACAUGGACGAGUGGGCCAACUUCCGCAGCCUCGCCGGCACCGACGGCUGGAGCGCGCGCGGCGGCCAGGCCCGGGUAAGUAACUGCACGACACAAGCACAUCUUGUAAUCCUCUCACUCUGCUCCAAUGGCGAACGAAUUGAUCCUCUGCAUUCUGUAGUGUAG